AUGUCGGCGCACGUCUGCGGCGGCUUCACGGAGGAGCGGCCACUCGACGAGGAGGCCGCGGGCGUCCUGGAGUCGUGCCGCGCCGAGAUCGAGGAGAAGGUCGGCGCCGGUUACGUCGCGGACAUCGUGAAGACGCAGGUCGUCGCCGGGAUGAAUUUCUCGUACCGCGGCAAGCUCGCGAACGGCAAGCACGCGAGCGUCAAGAUCUUCCGCCCGCUCCCCCACACGAACCAGCCGCCGCGCGUCACCAACGUCCUCGUCGCGUCCGUCGAGGGCGACACGAUGACGGUCGAGAAGAUGUGGGACGAGGCCGUCCAGGGCGCCGCCGCGGAGUGA